AUGGCUAGCAAAUCAGAUCCCUACCACCCUUAUAAAGAUCGCUUUACCAACCCCCAAGGCCCGGGUGAUGCUCGUCCUACCGCCAUGGACAUCAUUGCCGACGAAGAUCUGCACGGCAAACUGACCGGCCACGUAAUCCUCAUCACCGGCGCCGCAUCCGGAAUUGGCAUCGAAACAGCUCGCGCCCUCCACGCCACAGGCGCCACGCUCUACCUCGCUGUCCGCGACGUCGCAAAGGGCGAACAAGUCGCCGAUGACGUCCUCCGCUCCAGCAGCGACCAAAGCGCCAUCAUCAAAGUCCUCCCCUGCGACCUCUCCUCACUAUCCUCCGUCCGUGCCUGCGCCCACGCUUUCCUCGCCCAGAAUUCCACCCUUAACAUCCUCGUCAACAACGCCGGCAUCAUGGCCGUGCCCACACGCACCAUCACGACCGACGCCCACGAGCUCCAAUUCGCAACAAACUACCUCGGCCACUUCCUGCUUUUCGCCCUUCUCCGACCCGCCUUACUCGCUGCCGCUGCCGCAUCCCCAGCUUUCGACUCGCGCGUCAUCAACGUUUCCUCGCUCGGCCAUCGCGCCAGCACGCUGCAAUUCGCUGAUCUCGCGUUCACAAAUGGGCAAUACACUCCCUUUGGCGCAUACGGUCAGAUCAAGACCGCGCUGAUCUGGAUGGCGAAUAGCAUCCAGCGGCGGUACGCCAAGCACGGAUUGACGGCGAACAGUCUGAAUCCGGGCGGUAUCUCGACGGGCUUGCAGAAGCAUAUGCCCCGUGAGACACUGGAGCGGUUUGCGGGCGAUGAGGGAGUGCGGAGGAGUAUGUUGAGUGUAGAGCAGGGUGCCGCAACGACGGUUUGGGCGGCGGUGGGACGUGUGUGGAAAGGUGAUGGAGGUAGAUACUUGGAGGAGUGUGGGGUUGCAGAGAGGGCGAGUGGGAAUACGCCGUAUACUGGGUUUGCGCAGCAUGCUUUUGAUGAAGAGGGGGAGGAAAGGUUGUGGCGCAUUAGUUUUGGGUUGGUUGGGGUCGAGGAUGAUGAUUAA